CGAUUUUCGUUGCUUGCUGGAAUCAGAGAAACUUUUCUAGUAAAGUUUUACUUAUCUUUGUAUUUUCUGUAACUGAAGUGAAGGAUGUGGUUUGUCUCUUUCUUUCUGCGGAUGGAUGGAUGGGUCGGUGGGUGGGUCGGUGACUCUGCGGAGCGUGUCUCCGCCCGGCGGGGGGUGGGUGUCCUACUGACCGUUCUUUCUUCUUCUUCUCCUUCUUUUUCAUGUUUUUGGGUUUAACUGUGGAAGGUUUGGUCUUCUGUUUCACUGAGAGGGAGGGAGGGAGGCAGGGUUGUGGGUUCGUGUCGCUCGCGUGGCCGGCCCUCUGCUCUGAUUGGCUGGCCGUGAUUACCGGCACGCUUCUUAGUGCGGGCCGGGCAAACACCGCAGGCGUCAUUAUGUUAAUGAGCAGCUCCCGCGGCACGGGGCAGACCUGCCGCAGCAUUCAUCCUCCUCAUCCUGCGCUCUGAUGCCAGGGUGGGGGUGUCCCGGGGGGCGGCCAUUGUCCGUCCACAGUAUAUAAGCGGGCUGAGGCCGGUCGUGUGCCAGGCUCACCGGCUCGCACGAGCUGAUCCAGAGCUAAAGCAAAGAGACGCGCGCCAGUCACUGAUCCCAAACUCUCGGUCCCGUUGGAUCCGGCUCAAGCAAACGUCCGCAGACUUUAGAUUCACCUGCGCUCCGUCAUGGACUCCGUCUACUCCGACAUCGACAGCAACAGCUGCGACUUCUUCCCUCACACCGAUGACGAGGACUCCCGCGGCAGCCUGUGUCCCGCCUCCCCGGACUCCUCUCCGGAGCCGGAGCAGCAGCAGCAAAAGAAGCGGCGCCGCGGACGUGCCCGCAGCGAAGCCACCGUGCAGGUGGUGAAGAAGAACCGGCGCUUGAAGGCCAAUGACCGGGAGCGGAACCGCAUGCACAACCUGAACGACGCGCUGGACGCGCUGCGCGGCGUGCUGCCGGCCUUCCCGGACGAGACCAAGCUCACCAAGAUAGAGACUCUGCGCUUUGCGCACAACUACAUCUGGGCGCUGUCAGAAACCAUCCGCAUCGCCGACCUGCAGGCGGGGAAGAGCAGCAGCGCUCCACUGCUGCUGAGCUCCGCGUGUCUCGCUGAGGUCCCGAGUCCGGGCAGCGACGCCUGCUCCUGGAGCUCCAGCCGUUCCUCGUCGUCCUGCUCCCCGGCUUACUGCGCCUCCAGCCCGGGCAGCCCCGCUGCCCCGGAGGACUACAGCUACCUGCAGCCGGACGCGCUGUUCGGCGUCCGUGGCUUCGUGCCGGGCGUCUACUGAGCGUCAGGACUCUUCUGGAAUAAGACUAAGAACCACGGUUGCCUUACGAGCUCUGACGGACUGCAGCGACUCGUCCUCUCGGUUCCUCCAGAAACCUUUGCACUUUUCCGUCGUCACUGUUGGCAGGUUCUUUUUUUCCCUCGGAGGUGAAAAGUCAAUUUUACAAUUUGUAGAGUGAUGAAGCAGAAAAGAGAGCGUGGAAAUUGAGUUUCAACGCUCUGACAAUAGAGUGAAUGGAUCUGCUCUCAUUCAUGGUGUCCUGUCACCCCUCCCUCCCCCUUUUUAGACUACUGCUGUUUUUAUUUAUUCAACGUUUGGUUUCAACAUAUGAAAUCUGUAUUUUGUAUAUAAAGAGAUUUUUAUUCUAUUUACGUUGGUGCGGCCACUUUUCUACAAAAUAAAGGUAUAACGUUU